AUGGCAACUGCUUCGACGAUCAGUCUCUCCGCCAACGUCCCGGCCAUCAUCCGUGUCGCGGUCCUAGACCAAGAAGCCUCCGACAAGGCCAGCGCUCUCCUGAACCACAACCACUCUGCGCACGAUAUCCUCUUCGACGAAAUCGGCCGCCACAACCAUAUCGUCCACCACACACUUGCUGCAUUUGUGCUGGGCGCCGACGCAGACACGCUACAGAAGCAAUAUGAACAGAACGCAUCUUACCAGCGCCCACCCCGGCCAGCGGAUGAGAACAUCAUCAGGUCACUGAGGGAGCGUGACCCCACGACGUUUCUGACCCACAUGGCCAAACCAGAGAACUACUCGACCUUCCUGGCUUUCUUCACGCGCCGGUUCGCUUCAGCGUCGAUUCCCGAAGUGCUAAACAAGUACGUCUUCUCCGACGACAACGAGCUGGCCAAGACCAUCUUCAGCCGCCUCUUUGCGGGAUACUACCACCCGUUCAUCCAUCUGGGUUACGGCGUGGAAUUCAACCAGCCAGCCAUCGUGGCGGAGGCGCUGGCCCAGGCCUGCGUGCAUUCCACCUACAUGGACGCCUUCUUCGAGCUCGCCGCCGCGGAAGCCGCGAAACCCUUGGUAGAGCCGGACACGAUGGUAAACCUGCUGUCCAAGAUCCGCACCGACGCCAAGGUCUCCACCGCAGCGCACUGGGAUGACACGCAGAAAGUCCGCGACGGGGUCCUCGCGCGUGCCAAGGACGAAAUGAUCGCCUACGUAGCGCAGUGGCGUGUCUCUCCACCUUAUUCGACCCAGCGCCUCGACGAAGCCGCAGCGGAGGUCAUCAACGCGGCCGCUUACUUCACGGGCGCGGCGCAGAGGCCGCCUAGGGUAGUCAAGAUGGACUUCUUCUACAUGCACGCCGUGACGUCGAGCGUUUUCCUCAGCGUUUUCCUCGCGCAGGACUGGAUCACUUCGCACAUGAAGGCAAAACUGGUCGAGUAUAAGGGCCGGCUUGAUCUAGCGUUGUACGCGUCGCGACGGUCGCCGAAGCUCCUGCUCGGUGAAAUCACCAAUUAUCCCCCGACGCCAACGCCGCCCAAUAACGACUCUACGAAAUCGCUGCCCCUCCGCGAGUGGAACGACAUGUUCACCGCGGCCAGCCAGUUCAUGGAUGACGGCCACACAGCGAAGUUCAUCCGCGCGCUGGCGAACGGAGAGAGGGCGUGCGCUCCGUUCGAGAACAGCACCCCACCCUCACUCAACGACAUGACCAAUAAUGAAAGCAACAACGCGUACACAUUCAGCGGAGACAAGAUCAACUACGGCCACCUCAACGGACAAGCGAACGGUGAUCGAGAAAACCCCCAAGACGACGACGACGCGAGAUGGAAGAUGAAGGGAGACAUGUGGCGGCGGCUGGCCAUGAUGGUGCUGGACAGCGUGCAGCCCGAGAAGGGCGAGAGGUGGGCGCGGAGUGUUGGCUUUGACGAGGCAUGGAAGGAUUACCCGUUCAGGAAUCUGGAAGGACUGUGA